AAGCCCGCCGCCUGACACCGGCACGGGCCGUCGUGCCGUCCGCUUGCAUGAUUACAAAACUCAGGUCACCGUUUCCGUCACGAUGGAUGAUGGGGUCAGGAUCUCCACACGCGAAUCUAACCGCAAACGUAGAAGUCGCACUGUUCAUUCAAGUUCGAGCUCCGAUUCCAGUUCAACUAGUUCCAGUCAAUCUGGGACGGGCUAUUUUCCGCCUCAUUCGGAAAGCGACCAUCCGGCAAGCAGUCAUAACGGCGGCAGCGGAGAAGAGAUCGGCGAUCCGGAGAAUAUCUCAGCGAGUAAUAGCGGAGGCCCUGGAAGCGAUGGCAGCGACAGCUCCAUGGGAAGUCACAUCACUGACGACUGCACAAAAGAAGCAAUUGAAAAAGACUUGGCUGUCGGCUCGCCAACGGAGAUUAUCGAGAAUGCGCUCAAGCUUAUUACAGACUCAGAUGAUUUCACUCGGGUGCUGUCUCCUGAUGUUUACGAUCUAGUUCUGCUUGUAUUGGAUCGAGAGUUUGGGGGGAGCGCGGAGAAACCGGAAUGCUUAUCAGGCUUGCAUCCUGAUAAGCGGAUCGAAAUGCAUUACCUGCUCGCCAACUACUACCAGGAGAAAAUUCGGCGUCACUGGAUCACUUCUCAUCAUGAAAAGGCUCUGAGACAUUGCCAAGAGGCACUGUUUCUCAUGCAGGGUCGAGAGCGCCUGAAUGCCAAAAAGGCUGCAACUCUUAAUGUAUGGGCAAGUGGCAUCCUUCUCCUCAAUCGGGACCCUGCUCUUGUUCAGAAGAACAUUCCAGUGGCACUCAAACACCUCCACGAAGCACGUGUAGCAAUGUAUGCAUACACAGAAACCAACCAAGAACUUUCCUUCGAAAUCUGCCUGCUCACUGCGGCCGCACAUUCGCAGAGAGCAAAAGAGCCAGUAUGUGACAGUCUUAUUCGUGCCUACAAAGCUUACAACGAUGCAGACGAUAUGCUGCGUAUGGGCAGUUUCGACGCGGGGCUCAAUUGGAUGAGACUAGGUUCUAUGCAGCUGCAGAUAAUGCUGCGCUUUCUCAGUCAUAGGCGCAAGGCACAGUCUCGAAAACGCUCAUUUUGUUCUCAGGCGGAAGUGGCUUCGUGUAUGAGAAAAUUGGAUUCCACUGACUGUACCGCUGAAAUCACGCCAGAUGCCACCAUCUCUCGAGCAGAAGCGCUUCGAACUAGGAUUACGAGACAUUUCGACGUUCAUCCAGAUGAUGAAAACAGUGAUGUUGCACCGCGCCAGGUGCUUUGUGCAAUACAUGAAACCAUUGCGCGGGCUUACUUAGAGCGAGCAGCGUCGGAAAGAGGAAAAGGAUUGGAAGAUAUUCGCCGAGCAAGGCAAAACAUAGAUAAGGCAAUUUCUGCUUGUGAAUGGGAUGACGACUUCACGGGGCAGAAAUAUGCCUCGCUUCGCGAAUUGGCAGAUGAUACAGAAGCUGCCAUAGACGAUUUGGAAUCUUGUCCACAUCCACAGACGCCCACACCCGAGGUAAGCGAAGAGGGUGAGGAGAACAGCGUCAGUGUAGAAUUGGAAGAAUGAGUUGUGGCGUUGAGAAUUUUUAACUUUAUGAAGGGCGGUCUCGAUGUGAUAGGUGUGUGCUUCGGUCCUGCGAUGGCAUAGUUGCGUGUUGGAUUUUGUUGUUGUUGUUGUAAACAUAUCACCCAGCACUCAGAAA